CCGCCGCGCGCGCCAUCCGCCGUGAGGUGGCCGGCCGUGCGGCCGCCGCGUGGACCCCGAUGCAUCUGCCGCAAGAGCUGCGACACGUCGGCUACCAGGAGCGCUACCGGGAGCCGGCCAUGAACGGCGCGCCCGAGAUGUACCUGACGGAGCGCACCUACAACCAGGUGGCCACCGAGCACGGCCACGAGCUGGUGCGCACCGGCUCGCCGUGCUUCGUCUGCACGUGCUUGCCCUCCCACUGGCGCUCCAACAAGACGCUACCUGUGGCCUUCAAGGUGAUCGCGCUGGGCGAGGUGGCCGACGGCACGGCCGUCACCCUGCGCGUCGGCAACGACGAGAACCCAUCCGGCGAGCUGCGCAACAACAUGGCCUUCAUCAAGAACCAGGUGGCCAAGUUCAACGAUCUCCGCUUCGUCGGGCGCAGCGGUAGAGGGAAGAGCUUCAACCUUACGAUACAAAUAUCGACAUCGCCGCCGCAGAUAAUGACCUACAACAAGUGCAUGAAGGUGACGGUCGACGGACCGCGCGAGCCACGGAGUAAGACACGGCAGCACCAGUACCGCGCAUAUGGCCUGGGCCAGCGACCGUUCCUCGACACCCGCUUCUCGGACCACCUCCGCGACCUGGAGCACUACCGGCGCAAGUCGGACGGCCUGCCCUUCAAGGUGCACGGGGCGCCCGUCUCCACGCCAGGUCAGCCAUGCGACAGACAGCUGUCGGCUGUUGAACAGCGCACCAAACCUCGCGCCCGACAGCUAGCGUCAGCCGAUCGCGACCGGCGCGCGCUCGGCGGCGGGCCGCCCGGGCGCUGGUCGCGCGAGGCGGCUGGACCUGCCCGCACUGGUGGCGCCUGCACGCUGCACGCAGGUGACCACGUGCGCCCGCGUGCCGUGUGA